AUGUCUGCUGGGCGCUUUCCCUGGGGCCGCGUCACCCUCUACAGUAUCGGCAUCAUCGGCGCGGGCUACGCGACCAUGCGAUUGACGGUGCCAACUCCAGAGGAGACCUACGCGGCUAUGUCUCCGGACCUCCGUAGGAAAGUCGACGCGAACCGUGCGGCGAGGUUGGCACGGGAGAACGCGACGCAGACGCAGGCAAAUGCGCAGUUGAAUGACCCCGACGCGACAAAACCCAUCUGGGCGGACCAGCCGAAGACGUAG